AACAGUGUUUUCCUUUAGAACGUUAUCACUUUAGUCAUUUUUGGUCAAGCGUCUAUUCUGUCGCUUUACUGCAGUGAUUAAUACAAUUGUGCUUUCUGAGAAACGGAUGGCUGAUAAAAGUGAAGCGUGUGACCCAUGGCCGACGGUGAUAUUGCCCUAUGGCCUGAAGACGUUGCUGGAAUGCCUGAGCAGGGCGCUGUUAAUCGAGCGAGCGGAAAACAUCCGCCGGUUCUUCGCUGAUUACACGGCUGAGCUGCUCGUGUACAGAAACCAAAACCCAUCACUGGACCUGAAAGAAGUCAUGAUUAGAUUUCAAACUAGGAGAGAAGCAAUCUUAAAAAGAUCAUCUAAAAAGAGGAAGUGUAUGAAGAGUGAAGAAGCUAGCGAUAUAGGAAAGGAAAGUGAGAAGUCUUCCCCAAACCUCUUCUCAACCAGUCAAGAAGAUGCUUUACUGAGCAAUGAAGAAUCAUCGAAUGGUGUAGACAGAACUCACUCCAGUGAAGUCAGUCUCACACCGCCUGAAUACGUUCCUGAUGUCAAGCUCCUACAGGAAACACUACUGGGCGAAGACAAGUAUCUUGCCAAUGAACAAACUUCAAAGAGAGGAUUUACUGCAAGAUGCUCAAGCUCAGAAACUCAGUCUGAAGUGCAAUCUGACCAAGCGCCAUCUCCAAAGAGUUCUUCUGAGGAGAUUGAGACUGAAACAAGAACAACGUUGCCUUCAAAGAGACUGUCACCAUCAUCAUCACCAUCACCAUCUUAUCCAAGAAGCCCUUCCUCUGUAGAGUUUCUCUCAGAUGAUUACAGAAAAGCAAAAGCACUGUACAUGGAAAAGGAAAUGAGGCAGCUGUCACAACAUUCAAGCAGAAUGUCUUCUAAGGCUCCGGAGAAGAUUCUUCCUCCCCUGAAUAAGAUUUCAGCAAUGUCCUCUGCACCUGGAAAGCCAUGCCGUUUGCUACCCAAAAGACAGACGGCAGCAAAGGAAUCAUUUCUAGGAAGGGCAGAAAAUGUAACUGUAACAAAAUCAGGAAAGUCAAAGGAAGACGCAAAAUUGCCUCCAAUACCAUCAUCACACAGAGGAAGGCCAGACAGUCACGAUCUGAGAAAACCAGGACCACUGAGGUCAACGGAGAAAAUAACAUUUCUUCCUCAAAUAGGUACUAAAUCACAGAGACCAGGACCAAUCCAGGCUAUCAGAGUCAGCUCAACACCUUCAGAGGAGGAAGAAGACACCGAAAACGAAAUCUGGACAUUAUACCAUCUUCCACACAGGAGGGAAGAGGGAAUAUUAUCUACCACAGUCCUCUCGCAGCCACAGUACCGAAACGGGGCGACAAUCCAGACCAUCAGACCUGGCUAUGUUGUAGUCGCGGCAUGUCCGACCGCCAGAUCACCUGAUCAGAAGUUUAUCCACGGCCGCCGUUACCGAGUCAGUACUCUCGGUUCUGGGCAGAGGCUUACUGGAGUUGACCACGAUUAUAUGGUGAUCAGACCGCCUCCUUAUCAAUGUAACAAUAUUUAGCCCUGAGCCAAAGAUAUAAAUACAGUGGAUAUAAAAAGUCUACACACUUCUCUUAAAUUGGUAGGUUUUUAUGAACUAAAACUAUGAAACUAGGAUAAAUCAUGUCAGAUCUUUCCCCACCAUUAAUGUGAAAUUGCAAAGUAUACAAAAUAAAGUGAAAAACAAUCAGAAACCUUUUUAGGGAAAAAAGG